GAAAAAAAGAAAAGAAGUAAUGAGGAGCCCCAGGUACAAGAGCCUGAUGAUGUUUUCCUGCCUCCUGUGGCAGAAGGGUCUUCUCAAGCCGGGAGGGUGCAAGUGGAACAUACUGCAGAAUUCACAGAAAUUCAGCUCAGAGAUGAAGUAGAAAAUAGAACAACUGUAACUGAUGUGUCUGACACCCCCCAAAAUCAAUUAUCCUCAGCAAGUGAAGGGGCUCGGGCAGUGGCUUUGGAGCCUCCCAAAGAUGCAGAAGAGGUCAAAGCUGAUCCUUCCCAGGAGGAAUGUGUGGGGGCCGUUGGGAAGAGCAAGUUGGACAAACCUCAGAGCCCGGUGGAGGCAGGUGCUAGUGGAUCUAGAAAUUCUGACUUUCUGAGCAGUACCUUUCAGUCCAGUACUGCUCCCCCUCUGUCCGUGAUGGGCUUUGUGCAGGGCAGAAGAGCUGAAAACCGACCAGACUUCAGAGAUCCUCUCUCCAGCUCUUCAGAGAAGCUUCCCCCCAGCAUGUCCCAGCGCCCCGAGAAGUGCAGGGCGCGCGUUCCGCGGCCGGUGUACCCAGACCUGUCCCUGGAGCUGUCCUACGAGAAGCCCACCAUCAUGGCAGUGAAGCCCCUGCUGCACCACGAGAGGCUGUACCCAGAGCUGCCCUCCGAGCCGGAGCUGGUGCCUUUCACCAGGGAGCAGCUGAAGAUCUUUGAGCCCUGCUCCUGGCUGGAGAACGUCGACUCCUACGCCGAGGAGUUUGAGAGCGUGGCUCACCAGGACAGGCACGAGUUCUACGAGCUGCUCCUGAACUACAUGCGCUGCAGGAAGCAGCUGCUCUUGGCUGAGGCAGAGCUGCAGGCCAUGGCAACAGACUGCCAAAAUGUGAAGGGGAGGUUAUGGACUUUCAAGGAACAGCAGAAGACUGUGCAGGGUGUGUGUGCAGAUCAGUGCAAGGUGACAGGCCACCACCGCUACCAGACAGUGGAGCUGAACGAGGGCGUGCUGGGGGAGCUGAGGAAGCUCUUUGAGGCCAAAGCAGAGCACGUGCACCAGACCCUGGCGCUGCACUCGUACACCUCGGUGCUGUCCCGCUUGCAGGUGGAGUCCUACGUUUACAGGCUGCUCAGCAGCUCGUCCCUGCUGAGAUCCGUGGCCCUGCAGCAGCAGGAACAAGUUUCAAAGCAGUCAGAAAAUCUCUCUUCAGACCUGAGCCAUCUGAAGGAAUGUAUCAGUGUCCUUUUCAGCUUCACUCGCAGGGUCAUUGAAGAUCCUCAGUUUCACAGUGACCUUCUCAUGUGGCUGCAGAGACUGGUGUCUGUGCUGCAGAGAAUUGGCUGUCCAGGUGACCAUCUCUUCCUCUUCAACCACAUCCUUCGGUGUCCAGCUGGCGUCAGCGAGUGGGCUUGUCCAUUCAUCCAGAUCAAAGUCUUGGGUAACCCAUCGGGUGUCUUUCAUUUCAUGCAAUCUCUUGCCUUGCUUAUGUCUCCUGUCAAAAAUCGUGUGGAUUUCAUGUGCCAUAUGAAACCAAGUGAAAGGAAAAGUUCCUCUUCUUCUGGGAAGGAAUCUGGGAACUGGACUCUGGUAGAUGAAGGAGGAGAAGAGGAUGAGGAUCCUGAAACAAGCUGGAUUCUGCUCUUGGAAGAUGACUUGAUUGCUCUGUUGUCACAGUUCCCAUUUCAUGAACUCUUUCAGCAGUUCCUCGGGUUUACAUCUGAAGGUGCUUAUUUUCCUGAAAAAACAUCUCCCCAGAAGAUGAUGAAGAUUUUUGCCUUUGCAAACUCCUUAGUGGAACUUUUGUCUGUGGGACUGGAAACGUUUAACAGAGCACGGUACCGGCAGUUUGUGAAGAGAAUUGGUCAGCUCAUCAAGAUGACACUGUGUCAUGUGAGUGACCACUGGGCCCAGUAUGUUAGUGGCAAUAAACAAUAUGGAUCAGUAGAACACCCCUACUCUGUGGAAAAAUUGCAGCUGGAGUUUGAUGAGCUGUUUUUUAGAGCUGUUCUACAUGUUCUGAAGGCAAAAAGGUUGGGAGUCUGGCUGUUCAUGUCUGAGAUGCCUUAUGGAACCUUGUCCAGCAGCAUGCUUUGGAGGCUCUUCUUUGUCAUGCACUGCGCUGAGAAUGAGCACCUGGAGCAGCUCUGCUCUACUCUUCAACCUGCUGACUACAAGCAGAGACUCAAAGAUCCAGAGCACCUUGCACAGUUUGAAAAGUAUCUCCAGUCAAUGAACUGCUCAGAAGAAAUUUGUCUGCUCACCACAUUUGCUCAGAUGGCACAAACCAAACGGGCUGAUGUUGAUGAGGAUUUUAUCAAAAUCGUUGUUUUGGAGAUAUAUGAGGUGUCCUAUGUUAGUCUUUCCACAAGGGAGACGUUCUCCAAGGUUGGUCGGGAACUCUUGGGAGCCAUUGCCAGCAUCCACACACAGAUCAUUUCUGUGCUGCUGGAUCGGAUUAGAGAGACCAUUGAGAAGGUGGGGAUGGUUUCUUUAUAUCUGUUUAAAGAGCUGCCCCUGUACCUGUGGAAGCCUUCUUCAUCCGAGAUAGCCCUGAUCCGUGACUGGUUGUUAAACUACAGCCUGACAGCAGUGGAGAAUAAACUGGCUUGCAUUAUCUUGGAAGGGCUGAACUGGGGCCUUGGUGAGCAUCAGAAUACUCUUCACCUGGAUCCUGCUGUCCAUUCUGAAGUUGCAUUGAUGGUCCUGGAAGCGUAUCAGAAAUAUCUCUCCCAAAAACCAUAUGCUGGGCUGCUUUCUGAAAGCAUAAAACAGGUCUCCUACCUGGCCAGCAUUGUUCGCUACGGGGAAACCCCAGAGACCUCCUUCAAUCAGUGGGCCUGGAGUUUGGUCCUGAGGCUGAAGCUGCACAGGAACGACCGUGGGGUGCAGCAGAGCGGGCUGGCCGCUGUCCCCGUGUGCGACACCGCGCUGGACGCGGCCGAGUCGGUCACGCUGCACCCCCUGCUCAAGGCUGUCAAGGCAAACGUCCCCAUCGGCUGCUACCUGGCACUGGCAAUGACCACCCUGGGACACAGCAUUGAGAAAUUCUGUGCUGAAGGAAUCCCUCUUUUGGGUGUACUGGUCCAGUCUAGACAUCUGAGAACAGUAGUCCAUGUGCUGGAUAAAAUUUUACCCUUGUUUUAUUCUUGCCAGUAUUACCUCCUGAAGAAUGAACAGUUUUUAUCUUAUGUGGAACUGUUCCUUCAUCUGGACAGUGGAGUGCCUCAAGGGGUGACCCAGCAGGUUACCCACAAAGUGACACAGCACUUGACAGGAGUGAACUAUGGAGAAAAUGUUAAGCUGCUCAGUAGUAUGAUACAGAGUCACAUUUUCCUGAGUGACCAUCCGAAUGGCGUGGGGCCAGCUGCAGUCCUGGAGUUCUGGGUGCAGGUGCUCACCAGCCAGCAGCUGUGGCACAGGGACAGGGCCACGCUCUGCCUGCUGGAUGACUUGUGCAAAGCUGCCUUCCAGUACAGCCAGGAGGACUGUGUGCAAAAGCUGCUUUACCAGCAGCACAAGAAUGCUUUGGGCUAUCACUGUGACAAGGGAAUGCUGUCUUCACUGGUCAGCUGGAUCGUGGCAGGCAAUGUCACACCAUCCUUUGUGGAGAGCAGUGCAAACUCCUCUCAGGUCUGGUUUGCAUGGACAGUGUUAAAUAUGGAAUCAAUAUUUGAAGAAGAUUCACAGCUUCGCAGAGUUGUGGAGGGGGAGCUGGUUAUCAAUGCUUUAACUCCUGAUCAAGCUUUGAAGAAAGCCCAGGCCCAGCUGAAGCUGCCCAUCGUCCCUUCCCUCCAGAGGCUCAUGAUUUACCGCUGGGCUCACCAGGCCCUUGCUACCCCUGCAGAUCACCCUCUCAUGCCACUGGUCUGGCAGAAAUUCUUCCUCCUGUACCUUCACCGACCAGGACCACAGUAUGGAUUACCUGUAGAUGGCUGUAUUGGAAGACGCUUUUUUCAGAGUGCAGCUCACGUUAGCUUGCUCAAUGAAAUGAAGCAGCGGCUGACAGAGGUGGCUGACUUCCACCACGCUGCCAGUAAAGCCCUGAGAGUGGAGAGUCCUGAGAGCACUGACAGGUCACCAGAGAAGGCCAGCUGCUCACCUGAUUACCUGACUUCACCUGAGCUGCAUAAGGAACUUGUCAGGCUUUGUAAUGUUUUAAUUUUGUGGUUGGAAGAAGAGAGUUUCCAGAAAGGAGAUACAUACAUUCCCUCUUUACCAAAGCAGUAUGAUGCACAUAGACUUGCUAAAGUCAUGCAGAAUCAACAGGAUCUGUGGAUGGAAUAUGUCAAUGUGGAACUCAUUCACCAUGAGUUUCAGGAAGCUCUGAACCUUUGGGUGCAGGUUCAGCUUGAAUCACAUCCAACCUGUGCUUCUGCAGGGGAAACAGAUUUCACCAACCCUUUGUCAGCCAAAGUGAGGAUCAUGAAUAAUUUGAAGAAGCUGGACACUCCCAAGCCCCCUCUGCCUCUGCAGACGAUGAAAGCUCCUGUGCCAGUGAUUUCCUCGGCCACCCUGGUGAGCCAGAAGGACGCGAUCCAGCUCAUGCGCAGGGACCUGAACAUCCUGCAGCAGCACGCCAAAACUGCAGCUCUCUGGGAGUCUCAGCAUGUGGCUCUGAACAGUGAGAUCCUGGACACGGUGCCCAAGCUGUAUGUCAACAGGGAGGAGCAGAUCACUCUCCACCUGGAGUGCCGGGGAACUUCAAAUAAAGGCUGCCAGGGAGCAGCUCAGCUCACCAUCCAGUUUGAAGGGAAGCACAAAAAUGAAGCAGUGAGCCAGCAGCUUCAUGCUUUGCGUAAAGAAGUGAGGCAGCUGCAGGCAGAAGCCAUGAAGCCACCUUCCCUGGGUGUUGUGGAAGCAGCUGUGCACGUGGAGAAUUUCAUAACGGCCCUGAUAAAUAUCUACAAGGUGCAGCCUAUGCCUGCAAUCAAGAAAGUUGGAAUUGGUUUGUUUUUCACAUUGGUAGAAUAUGUGUGUGAUGAAACUCAACGUAAUCCUCCCACGAGGCAGUUCUUCACAUCCUGCAUUGAGAUUCUGGGCCAAGUGUUCAUCAGUGGGACCAAAUCAGAGUGCAAGCGUCUGCUCCAGACCAUCCUGCACAACCGGAGGCUCUGUACUCUCCUCUCUCCUUACUUCACUCCUGUAGCCUCUCCCAGUGAAUUUGUGACUUUGUAUGAAAAAGUCGUGGCCUUUCUGAGUGAGGAUAACAGCGAUGUUGUCUUCAUGCUGCUGACAAAGUUUGACCUGACGCAGUGGUUGAGCGUGGCCAAGCCGCCUCUCGUGGAGCGCACCCAGCUCCUGGAGUCCAUUCACCUGGCCCUCAAUGCAUGUGGCCUGGAACCUGAAGAGGAUAUUUUGAUGCCAUUUAAUAUCUUCUGCAAGCAUUGGACUAACCUUCUCCAGUAUCAGUUCCCUGACCACUACAGUGAUUUCUUAAGGUUGUUCGUGCAAAGCUCCUCAGAGCAGCUUCUGAGCCCUGACUGUUGGAAGGCAUCACUUCAGGCUUUGGGGUGUGAUUCUGCAGUGGCUGAGCAGGGCAGUUUCAAGAAAAGUGAUUCUGCUGAGGGUCCUGUGGUGAGGGAUGCUGCAAAAACUCUGCUCUCCACAGAACAGGUCAGAGAGACAAUAGAAUGGCUUUCUACAUCCUUCUGCAAACUCCGGCUGGCCUCGGUGGACUUCAGGACUUUUGGGCUGUUUUCAAAAUGGACUCCUUAUGUGGCUGCAGUGAACACAUUCCUGGAGUACCUCAUUAAACGACUGAUUGACACUGAAGUUGCUAAUUUAGCCCAAGAGCCUGUUGGCAGUAGCAGAAUUUUAGCAGCAUUGCAGUCCUUGUACUCAGUGAUUGCUGGACUCUUUAAACCAUGGAUACUGGUCCUGGAGAAAGAAGAUGCAAGUAGCCAGCCCUGCUACCCUUGGCUGGAGAGUGACACUCCUGUAGCCUCCACCGUGGUCAGUCUGUUUGCAGAUUGCAUCAGGCUUUUGCAUGAGAGCUUCAAAGAAAAGCUGUUGCCAAGCCACCAUGGGGCUCUCUGGUUGCACCUAAUGCAUUACUGUGAGUGUUGCACAGCCCCCAAAAUGCCAGAGUUUAUUCUCUACGCUUUCCACACUGAGUUCAGAAGGCUUCCAUGGAAGGAAAUGCAUCCAGACCAGAUGCUUAUGGAAGAAUUCUUUAAAAUCGAAAGAGGCAGCCCCAAGAGUUGUUUCUUGUUCUUGGGUUAUGUUUUAUGUGAAGUAAACUGGGUCAGUGUCCUCUCUGAUGCCUGGAAUCCCAACCCUCACCCUCAGACCCACAGCAUGAUUGUCUGUUUGCUGUACAUGAUGGUCCUGCUGGCAAAGGAGGAACAGCUCAUAGGCGAAGAGGAAUCUCCACUCAUAAAUCUUCUUGGACAGACCAGCUCCCUUCCUUGGCAGCUUGUGGGCAUUUCAUCCUAUGAAAGCAUCAUCAGUUACUGCAACAGUCACUACCCUCCCUCUGUUAUCCUUGCUAAGGAUGCUGGAGCUGAACUGAUCGUGAAGCUCCUGAAAAUCUCAGCUGGCUUUGGGGCAUCUUCAGAUAGUCACAUCCACCUUGAUGCAACUCUGAAGUGCCGAGCGUACAUUCGCCAGGUGGUUCAGUUCCUCAGCACCUUGGAACAAAGUGGAAAGAUAACCCUUGCAGUUUUGGAGCAAGAAAUGGCCAAGUUGCUAGAUGAUGUAGUCAUCUUUAAUCCCCCAGACAUGGACCUGCAGACGCGCCACCUGGCCCUCAGCAGCCUGUUCACGGAGACGCUGAUGAUGCUCAACAACUCAAGCAUCACCACGGCCGAGUCCUUGCGGGGCAGCCUGCGCCGCUGGAUCCCACAGCCUGGCCUCCGUGCGCCACAUGGCCGAGACCACCGAGGCCUGCAUCACCUCCUACUUCAGCCACGAUUCCCCUCACCACCAGGAGUUGGGCUGGGGCCCAAUACUUGCUUCCCUCCAAGUUCCUGAGCUAACCAUGGAAGAAUUCCUGCAGGAGUGCCUGUCUUUAGGGAGUUACCUGACCCUCUAUGUGUACCUGCUGCAAUGCCUGAACACUGACCAAACCCUUACCAACGAAAUGAAGAUCCUGCUGACCAUCAGCAAAUGGCUGGAGCAAGUGUACCCCAGCUCAGCAAAGGAAGAGGCAAAGCUGUUUCUGUGGUGGCACAAAGCCAUGCAGUUGUCCUUGGUGCAGCUGGAGCAGGAUGACCCCGUGCUGAUUGAAUCUGUCAUCCGGACCCUGCUGUCCAUCCAGGCCCGGCAGAGCCAGCUGGCUGAAGAGAGACUCACCUCUGGAAUACUUGGUGCUAUUGGGCUGGGCAGGAGGUCUCCUCUGUCACCCAGGUUCCGCGUGGUUGCGCGCAGUUUGUCCGCCUUCCUGCUGGUGCAGAUCCCUGCCGAGAGCCAGGUGCGCCUCAAGGCCGGCUCGGAGCCCCGGCUGUCUCAGAAGGCUCAGCAGGCACUGAGUGCUCUCGAAGCCAUGCCAUCCAACAAACAAUACAUGGAUUACCAGGAGCAGCUGUCCCAGGCCUGUGUGUUCAUCAGGCACCCUGAGCACUGCCUUCAGGAUGGCAACAACCUCCUGUCCCUGCUGGUGAACACGCUGUACCCAGAAGUGCAUUUUUUGGACAGCAUUCGGUAGCGGCGCCGGGUGGGCAGUGGCUCUGGUUUACAAACAGUGUCCUUAUUGCACAAAUGAUUUUACCUUCAGAGUUCCACUUUAAUUAAGUCAGACCUGCGAAUAAGAACAACUACACAGUGUCAGUUUUCUCCACUUCAAGGUUUUCUUGCUUUCCAUUUGAGUUUUAGGCCUGUGGAAUUGCUUAAUGGUUUGCAAUUUGUGGGGUUUUUUUGGUUUGUUUUUUGGUUUUUUUUGACUGAAAGCACUUGAAUAUCUUCUGUGUGUGGUGCCCUUUGGAGAGAAGGGUGCCUGGGGAUAGGUGUACAAAUCACUAGUUAGCACAGCUCACUGUAGUGUCUGAAGUUAUUGCUUGGUGCCUUUUUUUAUUUUCCAGUGUGUCAUCAUUCAGGCCAGUUCAAAAAUGAGUGGAGGAUUGUGUGUUCAAGAGGUUUGACUUUCUUAACCAGGAUCCCUCUGAGUCUUACCUGAUGAGUGUGUGUCUAGCGAUUUUUGUGAAAUCCCUGUAUUUGAAAGGAUGGUAUUUUAAAUCUUGACUUUUUUGCUACCCACAGAAAUCCGUAGUUUAGAGGCAUGCCUACAAUCUUUACCCACUUCUGUAAAUAUCAGCACAAAUGGGAACUAGAGAACAUUGUUUUUUCCUGUUUUCUAAACAUAGUGUGUCUGCAUCUAUAUUGCUUGAUUAAAUACAAGUAACUUCUAGCCAAGUUCAAGGGGAUUUAAAUCCAGAGACAUAUUUUCUGGAUCUCCAGUGUCUGAGAGGGGAGCAGUCAGUUAGGAUCAUGUUAAAUAGGAUUCCUUAAUUCCUUAGUCUGAUUGUUUAGGAAAUGUUUAACCACCACCACCACCACCACUUAAGCUUAUUUUCUUCUGCCUGGCUGGACAUGACAUAACAGGAUUUUAGAUGACACUGUGAAGAGGUAUUUUUGUUGUAUUAAAUUUGGUGAUCACUUGUUAAAAUUCUGUUGCCAAAGCAUGAACCAUGAGCCUGUAAAUCUGUUGUUUCAGCUGAAUGAUCACUGGUUUUGUUGCCUUGUCUGAUCAUAAGAUGCACUUUUGUUUAGGAAAAGCAGAAGGCGAAUUUUUCCUGGUGCUUGUUUGAUGUCCCUUUAAUCACUGGUGUGUUUGAGCUGGCCCAAGGUCCUGCAGUCCCAGUCCCUACAGCUCUGUGAAGGAACUGAUCACUUUUUCUCUUCCUCCAUUAAUUGUGCCUUUGUGUUUUUGACAUGGUUGCACGUUAAAACAUGAGUUCUGGUCAAUAGGGGAUAGAAAUGUGCUACCUACUGGUCAAUGAUGCUUUGAGCUGUUGCUCUUAAACCAUGGUUCUGGUGCUAGAGGACAGAUCACCUUUUCCUUCUCGGCAGAUUCUGCUAAUAAAGCCAGCUGGGUCAUUAGAUCACCAUCAUUUCAAUGUGGUCUUAGAGUUCUUUGCUCUAUCUGCGAGCCUAUAAAUAAAUAUAUAUAUGUACAUCCCUCUGUAUAGUAACCAGAUACCAAUGCAGCAUGGUUUUUAACAGACUCUUUUGGAAAAUUCAUGUCUGGAGGAAUACAUUCUGCUGCUUUUCCCCCCAAAGACUUAAAAGCACUGGGUUUAUUAGGUUAAAUGUUAUUGAUCAGUUGCAUAUAAAUGUGAAGAAGUCAGAAGUACGUGUUUGACAUGCACUUUCGAAAUGAGGAAUUGUUUCAGCUGUUGAGUUUUUACAAAUGUUGUAUUUAUAACAUGCUCUGUCUGCAAAGACCAUGCAAAAUAAAAACGGAAAAUCAAGCA